AUGAAGGUCCUUGCCGCUUCCGCUCUUCUCUCCCUGCUCUCUUCCGUCUCGGGAUCCCCCGUCGACAUCCGAGCUGAGAAGACCACAUCGGUGCUCUCUGCCCCCCAGACUACUCAGACCAGCUCCUCCGUCUACGACUGGUCUGCCAAGUGGAAUUCCAAGUUCCAUAUCCACCAGUCAUGCAACAGCACUCUCCGUGCUCAACUCGAGACUGCCCUUGACGAGACUGUCCAGCUCGCCCAGCAUGCCCGUGACCACCUGCUUGCAUUCGGCAACUCCUCCGACCUUGUCGUGAAGUACUUUGGAAAUGGCUCGACGGCCGGCCCCAUUGGUUGGUAUGAUCGUGUUGUCGCUGCCAACAAGGAGGGCGUCAUCUUCCGUUGCGACGACCCCGACAAGAACUGCGCGACCCAGAACGGCUGGGCUGGCCACUGGCGUGGAUCCAAUGCCACCUCCGAGACCGUCAUCUGUGACCUCUCCUUCCAAAUCCGCCGACGCCUCAACUCUAUGUGCGGCCUUGGCUACACUGUCGCCGGUUCCAAGCUCAACACUUUCUGGGCCACUGACCUGCUCCACCGCGUCUUCCACGUCCCUGCCAUCAGUGAGGGCAUCGUCGACCACUAUAUCGAUGGUUACAACGAUGCGCUCCAGCAGGCCAAGGAGAAGCCCGAGCUGAGCCAGCACGACAGCAACGUCCUGCAGUACUUCGCCGUCGACGCCUGGGCCUACGACAUCGCCGCUCCCGGCGUCGGUUGCACUGGCAAGGCCGCUGAGAGUUCUUCCAGCCACAGCUCCCCUACCAGCACCCAGAGCUCUGCCCCCAGUGCUACCAGCGACUCCCCCAAGGAAUGCCACACCCACUCCGACGGUGUCGUCCACUGCAAUUAA